AUGAGAGAGAAAACCUUUAACUGUUAUGAAGAUUGGGAAGUAUUCUGCAAGAAGCCAAAUUUCAUUCAGCAUCAAGAAAUACAUAUAGGGAAAAAAGUCUAUAAAAUUAAUCAGUGUGCUACUGCAUUUUGCAAGAAGCCAAAGCUUCCUACAUAUCAGAAAACAGAUAUAAGAGAAAAACUCUGUGAGUGUAGUGAAUGUGGGAAAACCUUCAGCCAUAAAUCAUCUCUCAUCCUACAUCAGAGGAUACACAGAGGGGAGAAUCCCUAUGAAUGCACCAAAUGUGGGAAAACCUUUGGGUAUAGGUCAGGCCUCGCAGUACAUCAGAGAACACACACAGGGGAGAAACCCUAUGAAUGUAAUGAAUGUGGAAAAAAUUUCUGUGAGAAGUCAAAUCUCCAUGUACAUCAGCGAACACAUACAGGGGAGAAACCCUAUGAGUGUAAUGAAUGUCAGAAAACCUUCAGUGAUUGGUCAGCUGUCACAGUACAUAAGAGAAUACAUACCGGGGAGAAACCCUAUGAAUGUAAGGAAUGUGGGAAAACUUUCUCCCAGAAGCCAAACUUCAUUAACCAUCAGAGGAGUCACACAGGAGAGAAACCCUAUGGAUGUCACAAAUGUGGAAAAUCCUUUUCUGUGAAGUCAAAACUGAGGGAGCAUCAGAAAACACACACAGGAGAGACACCUUAUAAAUGUAAUGAGUGUGGGAAAACUUUCUACCAUAAGUCAUCCCUCACAGUACAUCAGAGCACCCACACAGGGGAGAAACCCUAUGAAUGUAACCAAUGUGGGAGAACCUUCUAUCAGAGAACACACUAGGGAGAAACACUACAGGUGUAAUGGAACCUGCCACCAGCAUCUCGACUUCACUAAACAUCAG